AUGUCUGGAGUUACGAGUGGUUUAAGAAUAAUAAACGUCUCAGUGAAGCUAAAAGAAGGAAAGAAAUAUGAAAUCUCUAAUGUUGAUCAGUCUGAUGAAGGUGAUUAUAGCUGUAAGGGAACAAAGUCAACAGAGCCGCGUUACUCAGAGACCAGUGAUGCUGUUAGACUGACUGUAUCAGAUAAACCCAAACCAGCAGUGAGGGUGGAGCCUCAGAGCACCAUCUACACUGGAGACACUGUUACUCUGAUCUGUGAACCGCAGCUCUCACUCACUGGAUGGAAGUUUCUCUGGUAUAAAAACACUCAGUCAAAUUAUCUGACUGCUGAUGAAAACACCAACACAAUCAGUAUAACAGUGUCUAAUACAGGAACAGAAGAGUAUAAAUGUAUAGCACGCAGAGGAGAAACCUACUACACACAUUACAGUGAUCCAGUCAAAAUUACAGUCAGAGAGAGACCAAAGGCCAAAGUGAAAGUGCAGCCAGCUGAGCAUGUGUUCAUCAGAGAGAGAGUCACUCUCACAUGUGACAUAGAAGGUGGAGAUGUCUGGAGUUACGAGUGGUUUAAGAAUAAUAAACAUCUCAGUGAAGCUAAAAGAAGGAAGAAAUAUGAAAUCUCUAAUGUUGAUCAGUCUGAUGAAGGUGAUUAUAGCUGUAAGGGAACAAAGUCAACAGAGCCGCGUUACUCAGAGACCAGUGAUGCUGUUAGACUGACUGUAUCAGCAGUGAGACCCAAACCUGAACUCACAUCAAGUCUUGAAGGAGCUGUACUGAGAGGAGACUCAGUGAUUCUGGAGUGCAGGCUGGAUGAAUCUUCUGGAUGGAGGUUUUACUGGUUCAAACACACACAAAUUCCUCAGAAUGAGAUCAAGACUGAAACUCACUUCUACAUCAUCAGAUCAGUUAGUGUCUCUGAUGAAGGUCAGUACUGGUGCAGAGCUGUGAGAGGAAAUCCAGCCUACUACACGCAGUACAGUGAUGUACUCUGGGUAAACGUCACAGCUACCUCUCCUCCAGUCUCUCUGAUCAUCAGUCCCAGCAGAACUCAACACUUCACUACUGACCGUCUCUCUCUGAGCUGUGAGGGACAGAGUGAGUCUACUGGAUGGAGAGUGAGACGAUAUACACACAGUGGGAAAGUGUCAGAUUGUUCAUCAGACAGAAGAUCAGUUACAGGAUCUACAUGCAACAUCAGCUCCAUCUCCACAUCCCACACUGGAGUUUACUGGUGUCAGUCUGAAUCUGGAGGGAGAAGUUCUCCUGUCAACAUCACAGUGCACAAUGGUGAUGUGAUCCUGGAGAGUCCUGUUCAUGCUGUGACUGAUGGAGAUUCUCUGACUCUCCGCUGUUUAUAUCACUCAAAGCCCUCAAACCUCACAGCUGAUUUCUAUAAAGAUGGAUUUCUCCUCCAGACCCAGACUACAGGAGAGAUGACCAUCAGUUCUGUCUCAAAGUCAGAUGAAGGUCUCUAUCACUGUAAACACUCAGAGAAAGGAGAGUCACCAAAGAGCUGGAUCUCAGUCAGAGGAGCUCCAUUCUCAGUCCUCAGUCUGCUCAGUAGUCUACUGGCAGUGUCUCCAUAUCUGCUGGUGUCCAUCAUACUGGGAGUUAAAUGCUACAGAGCUCGACCUAAUCCUGAUGAAGCGAGCAGAACGUAAGCGCUGAUAGAAGCUAGAACAACCUGCUGAGUGUUGAACACCAAGUUUCUACAUUAUGAUUUUAGUCUGUCUGCUUUUAAGACCAUUUUAGAAAUCACUCAAUUUGGCAGGUCAGAUUUUUAAAAUAACAGCUUUAU